AUGGGGAAAUGUGACGAUGAACGCUGCAUUUUUCCUCUUACGGGUUUGCAAAUUAGAGACUUGCAAUCUUAUUUUGCAGAUCUUAGCCUUUUCCUCGCAAAUGAUAGUAAAAAGAUGUAUAUUUUUGUUGACAAUAGACCAUGGUUGAGAGACAUUGGUUCACGGGGAGCACACUUUUGGCAAUUGAUGGUUACCAAGUCGAGGUUGUCUCCUUUUGCAUACAGCAAAAAUCGAAGAGAAAAAAAAGAAGGAAAGGAGGUUUCUUCUCAACCAAGCACAAGUAAACCAAAGAAUUUGUUCUCGGUGAUUGAAGCAGUAGCGUCAUCAAAAAAGAGUGUGUUGCUGCCUGUGAAAAACAUAAGGAAUUCUUUGCAAUUCAGCAGUGAACUACAUAGAACUCUACAUGGCUUUAUUGUAUUUGAAGUAGCAUGGAACAAUGUUCGUGGUAUCAACUACUUUAAUGAGCUCCAGACUGAUACAUCACUGGCUAUAGAAGUUAAACUUAUGAAAAGAUGGGAAUUUGACAAUAUUGCUCAAGCUGCAAGCUGUAUGUCUUCAUGGUUCUCAGGAACACUUUCCGAACGGCUACUUUUGAAAGAGCACCUGGAGUCUGCCUCAGGGGAAAUAUUUUAUGAUGCUAGUGAAAUUCUUCCCGAGAGUGUAUCCGUUGAUGAUGAUGACGAUAACAUUUGCAAUGGUACCAUAACUUCUCAAGAUAGUUUGGAUACCACAACUGGAGCAUAUUCUGAUGAUGACGAAGAGACAACUGACAUGCUGCACACACCUCCUUCUUCUGGGCCUAAUAAAAGAAGAAAAUUAUCGAAUUCUUUUAGUGCUGAAGUGGAUGUUGAUAGCUAUUCAGCAGCUGAAAUUAAUAACUCUUUGAAUUGUUCUCCGAGGUCUACAUCUGUUUCUGAUGAUGGGGUUGAAACCACUCAGUAUAGUGAUGCUCUACUGUUAUUUAGGUUUAAUGAUCACGACCUCCCAUUCAAAUUAAGGGAUGUUAUUAUAUCUGAUCUGCGAUUGCUUACUUUGUUAGAGGCUGGCCUUCCAUCUUGGGUGAUCUUCCUUCAGUCAUAUCCAGUGUUAUGCAAUAUUUAUCGUCCUUGGAUGUGCCCACUUGUUAGACUGUUAUAUGUCAUAAUGUCAUUUGUCACUGUCCUCAUUGGAUUCUAUGAUUUAUACAAAAAUGUUCCAGUUCUCAAGGCAACUGCAUCUCGUAUAUGUGGGCCUCUUUUUGAUUGGAUUGAAACUUGGGAGAUGGUUUCAAGGGUCAAAUACUUGGGGACAAUGCUGUUUCUACAUAACUUCCAGAAGGCUGUUAGGUGGUUUCUUGCCUUAACACAUACUACACGGUCCUUUUUUUCAGUUCUUAUUCAACCUCUUAUAGAGUCAAUUGUGGAGAUUUUUGGAUUUCUUCUCCCAAGCUUAAAUAUUUUGUUUGAACUAUUAGAAAGCAUAUUUUCUGUCAUUUGGUUUGGGAUUGAGACUUCUUGCAAUCUAGUGGGAGAUGCGGUGGAGCUAUUAUUUUUGCCACUGUGGUUUAUCCUCACUGUUGUUUGGAGGAUUGCUACUUGUGUCUUAUAUCCUCUAUUACGGAUUCUCUGGGAAUUUCUAUAUGCUCCUGUUCGUCUAGUCAUGGCACUGUUCAGUUUUCUGGCUGUUAUAUGCACACGCAUUUUUCAUAUACUUGGAGAGACAUGGAAGUUUCUUGGUAGCAUAAUCCAAUUGGCUUCGUCCUCUGAAGCCACAGUCAGCAGUUAUGAAGUUUCCAUGUGGCGCUCUCUUUGGAAUGAUCUUUUUUCACAGAUUUUCCGAGCUCUCAAAAGUAUAGUAUAUGGGCUUGUUGCCUUUUUCGCAGCCUGCAACAGGCAUCGGCUAAGUAUCUAUAAUCAUAUACAGGAGUUUAUCCAAAGAUUAUAUGGUCGGUGCCAAAGAUCACGGCAAUCAGAUCUGACCGACAAUAGAAAAACCUGUUUGACAGUGGAUCUGGCAGAAGAAAAGAAGAAAGUUUAG